AUGAGCCUCCUCAGAAAUGGUCUAUCCAGGGCCUCGACCUCACCUUCAACCUCCCUCCACCGACCGAUAACCCCCAGAUCCAAACCCCAGUUAUUGCGCCAACCACGCCAACAACGCCGAUACAACUCCGACUCCCCUGCAGGAAAGACACCGGAGAGAAAUACAACACCAGCACACCAUCCCAAGCUGCCUGACAAUAUCCCCGCCUCGGCUGCUGCAACCGGAGCAAUAACCACACCUGCGCGCCGCGGAUUCCGCCAGGUGAUAAGUGCUGGCCCGGUGGGGAAGUUUGGACGAUGGUAUGCGCGCGCGCAGGAGCGUAAGCCGUAUACGACGCAGUUCUGGAGCUCGAUUGUUAUUUACCUGUGUGGUGAUCUGAGUGCGCAGAUGUUGUUCCCUUCGGAGGUUCCUGCGCCUGCGGUAUCGGAUUCGGAAGAUGGGGAUGUCGUUGCGCGGGAUGGGGAGACUGUCAGCGCUGGGUAUGAUCCUCUUAGGACGCUGCGACAUUUGUGUGUUGGGGGCGUGUCGAGUAUUCCGUCUUAUAACUGGUUCUUGUUCCUCGGAAACCAUUUCAACUACCCGAGCAAGCUCCUCUCAAUCCUGACAAAGGUCGUCGUGCAGCAGUCGUGCUUCACACCCGUCUUCAAUACGUACUUCUUUAGCAUGCACUCCCUGCUUGCUGGCGCAACGCUCGACGAGACCUAUGAGCGGGUGAAGAAGGCUCUCCCCGUUAGUAUCCAGAACAGCGUCAAGCUUUGGCCGGCUGUUACUGCGUUCAUGUUCAUGUAUGUGCCGCCGCAGUUCCGGAACAUCUUCUCUGGGGGUAUUGCGGUUGGUUGGCAGACCUAUCUGAGCUGGUUGAAUCAGAAGGCUGCUAAGGAGGUUGCAGCUGCUGAGGCGCUUGCUGGGGCAGAAGGGAUGGUCGCAGGCAUAUCCUGCCAAGAGAGAAUGGAGGAUGACUCUGACUACGGAUCCGACUUCACUCCAGAUGAAGAGGAUCUGCUAAACAAUUUGCUGAACAAAGCCGUCGCGGAACAUGCGACCGCCGCCGACACCGACGCCACCUCGUUCUCGACAACCUGGAUCUCGACCCCAACGCCCAUCGAACAGAUCACCGCGCCAAAAUCCCCAGAACUCGCCGAUCUCGAGUCAUUGCAACCAGCAGCUUUAGACGCACUCGUUGCAGAUAUCGAGGAUGGCAUCGGGCCUAGCGUUCGGUUGCCUAAGGUGCUGGGCCGGGAAAGGCCUCGCUCGACAUGGCAGCCGCAGCCUCGACCAGGUCAGGCGGUUAGAUGGGGUGCGAAUGCGAGUGCAAGGGGGAUUUCAAAUCCACGCGCUCGCAACAGCAACAGGAACAGCCCGUUUGUCGAGAACCCUAGUUCAACCGAGGGCCGAGAAAGAGAACGCGAGCGCAACGCAGUGCGCGAGCAGGAAUGGAUACAACAGGAUCCCACCGCCGCGGCGCUCGAUACUCGAACCCCCGUCGAACGGUAUCGACAAGCACCUAACAAAGCGUUCUCGGUGACUGAUCUCGUUUCACCAGCUUGGUGCGAGCUGCAGUACUGGCUCACGUUGACUAAACAUGGGCGGAAGAAGCCGACUGCUGCGAUGAAGAGGGGGAGCUCCAUGCACAAGACCCUCGAGGAUGAGAUAUACACCACUGUACCUGUGGAAGUCACGACUAAAGAGGACGCGUGGGGUCUUAGGAUAUGGAAUGUUAUUCAGGGACUGCGCAUGCUGCGCGAGUAUGGUGUCACGCGCGAGCUAGAGGUUUGGGGCGUUGUCGAUGGGGAAUUUGUCAAUGGCGUUAUCGAUGAGUUGUCCUAUGAGUGUCCCAACUCGGAGCUUGAGGCUACUGCUGCUGGGUACUAUGCGGAUGUUGUAGCGUCGCGCGCUGCCCUGCCGGAGUACCAGAUGUCCUUGUCGGACUAUUUGCUUUCUUCUUCGCAAGGCGGGAUGAAGCUUUCGGACCUGGGCCAGAAUGAAGUCGAGGAAACGGGAUACAUUGAGCCGGAACUGCCUGCGGAGGUCUAUAACCUACGCCGGAUUUAUUUGACAGAUGUGAAGACGAAGGGUAACCGAUCCCUACCGACUGUCAAGAGCACGGGCUUCCGGCCUACGCUUCUCCAGUUACAACUUUACUACCAUAUGCUCAACCGGAUGGUCACGAGCGACGAUGUCACUAUUGACCUUCUCGCCACUCGUUACGACUUCGAUGCCCAGAAGCCGUUCACGAGCGCCUUCGUCUCCGAGGUUGGCGGCUUGAACGACCAGUUCUUCGACGCUCUCUCCUCCCAAGAGUCCGAACAGAACGAGGGUCCUUCUAAUGCUAGCGAGGACUCAACCAGCCUCCUUCUAUCACACAACAAUCUCUCCUGUCUUUGGAGUCUCAUGAUACAACAACUCCGCCUCACAUUCCUCCCCGAAAAUCCCUCCGACACGCAAUCUAUCGCACCAUCCAUCCCAUCAGUUUCCCAGCCAGAGCUCUUGGAAUCAUACUCAACCCUCCUCUCCCCGGUGCUCACAGCUAGAUAUCUCUCAUCUGUCGCCAACGAAGACCGAGAGAGACAACUCAUCGGAAGCCGAUCUUUCCUCUUCGAUCCGACAUCCCUCACUUCCUACCUCACUGACCAGAUGACCUGGUGGCGCGGCGAGCGAGAUCCUCGCGGCGUGGAUAUCAUGGACGCGUGGAAAUGUCGGAUCUGCGAUUUCCGUGAUGAGUGCUCUUGGCGUGAGGAGCGUGAGAUGGCUUAUGCCAGACGCGGUGGAGGUCGGAGAGGGUCCGUUGCGGAUAUAUAA